UCUCUAACAGCAAUAUAAACAAAAGUGAAAAUGAAAGAUAUACAAACGUUUGAACGCUGCCUAAAAGACUUUGAAUAUUUCAAAGACUUUCAGGGAUUUCUGAAUCCCAAAGACAGCGGUCAGAGAAAGCUUGUCCUGAAGAGAAAGCUUGUCCGUUUUAAUCCACUGAAUGAUCUCAACGAAAACCAGUUCCGCAAAAAGUAUAGGUACAAAAAGGAAAAUCUUCGGCGAAUUAUAGAAAUAGUGCGGGACGACCUCGAAAUUGAAUAUUAUGGACCAUUAAAAAGGGAGCAAGUUCCCAUAGACUUGCAAAUUCUAUCAGCCAUCCGGCUGUGGGGUGGAACCGAGCAUCCUAAAUUGACGGCAAUGGCGCAUGGCGUUAGUUUACGAACGUUGGCGAAAAUCACUCGUCGUGUUGCUUCAGUGUUAGCGUCAAAAGCGUCUCGAUAUAUAAGAAUGCCGGCGACACUUUCGGAAAAAGAGCGAAUAAUGUGUUCAUUUCAGGCCAUUGGGAAUAUGCCACAGGUAAUUGGGGCAUUAUUGCAGACCACGGUCAGGUUUCAACCGGAAAACUCUGGCUCUGAUCUCAACGAAGAAGAUCCUGAUGGCUUACUGACGUAUCCAGGUCAAUCGAACGAAGAGCUGCAUUUGCAAAUUGUAUGCGAUGCCGCCCAUAAGAUAAGGGACCUGGAUAUUCGCCUGAUUGACGAGCACUCAAUGCCCUCAGACGCUGAGAUGUUUGCCUUGUCAAAAAUCAAGGAUCGCUUCGAGCAGAACGAGUUCCGCGGCCGAAUUCUGCUGGGCAGCGAAAUAGUUCGUUGUUCUUCCUCACUCUACACGCCUGUGCGUUUUCCGAGGAAUCAAUCCGAGGAACUCUACAACCACGCCCACUCCACCACGUAUGCAUCGGCCAGGAAAUGUCUGAGCCUGCUGAUGAGUCGCUUUGGCAUCCUGGGCACUGAAAUAAUGGGAUCUCAUGGAUCGGCCAAGCAAACUAUCACAGCAUUGUCUAUUUUGCACAACAUGGCAAUGGAGUGGGCAGAUCCCAGCAUAGAUUCGGAACUGCAUGUUUCACCUUAUAAAUCGACUUUCUUCAAUGCCAUGAGCAACGCACCAAAAUCCGGAGAAGACAACAAUAGAAAGCAGUUCAUUAAAACCCACUUUGCAUCUGUAUAAGAAAAUAAUUCAUUAUAAUAAAACAUUCGAUUGUA